UUAAAACCAUUAGGAAGUUCUUAGUAGAAUGUAUUAAUGACAUAGGUCCUUAAUGGUAUCCGCUAGGCAUAACAUGCCAUCAAUAGAAGGCAGCAAAUGACCUGUAGAGACCCCCAGGGACCAUUACAGUUUCCAUUCAAACCAAUACAAUUCCCAUUACAACCAUUAAAACCAUUAUGAAAUGGUUUCCAUUAAAUAGUAGGACGUAUUAAAGAGAUAGGUCCUUAAUGGUAUCCACUACACAUAAGAUCCCAGCAAUAGAAGGCAACAAAUUACCACUAGAGACCCACAGGAACCAUUAUAGUUUCCGUUAAAACCAAUACGAAUUCUAUGAGGGUUUCAGUCCAUGUUCCCUCUAUAGGCCUCAAGGGAUUUGUUUAAAAUAUCUUCAAAUCGAUGAUUUCGGAAUGUAUAUCGGUCUAGUGUCUAGACUCUUGGGCUGCCUACAUUUCUGGCGCGUUUGAAUGAGCGAGUGACUUCAAAGCCCAAAAUCCUCCGCGCGGUGACGAGGCGACGGCGUCGCGCACGUCUGGCGCAAAGGUCUGUUUUGGAGAAGAACGGAAGAUGGCGACCUCAAACAAUCCGCGAAAAUUCAGCGAGAAGAUUGCGCUGCACAACCAAAAGCAGGCGGAGGAGACGGCGGCGUUUGAAGAAGUCAUGAAGGACCUGAGCAUCACUCGAGCCGCACGGCUGCAGUUACAGAAGACCCAGUAUUUGCAACUGGGCCAGAAUCGUGCUCAGUGCUAUGGAGGUUCACUGCCCAAUGUCAAUCAGAUUGGAAAUAGCAACACUGACCUGCCUUUUCAGACCACAGUUUUGGAUACUAGUCGAACGACUCGGCACCACGGCUUGGUGGACCGCGUGUAUCGGGACAGGAAUCGGAUCACGUCCCCUCAUCGCAGGCCUCUCUCAGUGGAUAAACACGGGCGUCAGAUCGACAGCUGUCCUUACGGCUCAGUGUAUCUGUCACCUCCCCCGGAUACAAGCUGGAGGAGGACCAAUUCUGACUCUGCACUACAUCAGAGCGCUAUGAAUCCUGCUCAGCAAGACACUUUUGUUGGAGGAUCCCAAGAACUGCAGCCAAAACGAGGUGAAGUCGUCUUGCUCACGCCCCCAGAUACAGAGGAACCCGAAACAGAAAUGGAAAAAGACGACCAGACGACAUCACUACAUCCCAAAUCCCAUGACGUUCCAGGGAUUAACAUAUUCCCUUCCCCCGAUCAAGAAGUGAACGCCACAUUGAUGCCAGCCACACACAGCACAGGUGGCUCCUUGCCCGACCUCACCAACAUCCAGUUCCCCCCUCCGCUGCCCACUCCUCUGGAUCCGGAUGACCCCGUGACCUUCUCGGCCCCCAGCACUUCCAGCAGCACAGGCAAUCUGAGUACCAACCUCACCCACCUGGGCAUCAGCGCUGCCAGCCAUGUUGCUGGCUCCACCUCUGCACCUACUGGUGCUGCCCUUACGCUCAACAUUGAUGCCCAGCAGCAGCAGCCAUGCCCACAGCAGCUCUCACCAACUCUCUCUCCCACCCUCUCACCUCAGAUGCCCAUUUCUCAGCCAAUUGCGAUGGACAGCAUGUCUCUGGAGCAGCAGCUGUCCCAGUACUCGCUGCUCAGCCUGCUGAGCGAUCUGCAGAAGCAGCAGCAGACGCUGCCGCAGAACAUCCGCCUUAUCCAGCUGCCACCGAUCGCCAUCAGCUCCGCCUCCAGUCCACCCCUGACCUCCUUGUCCAGCCAAUCGCCAACAGCCACAGGCGCACCAGUCAGCUCGUAUCGCAAUCAGACUGGCUCUCCGGCCAACCAGUCUCCAACCUCGCCAGUCUCCAACCAGGGCUUCUCGCCUGGAGGCUCGCCUCAACACAUUCCAAUUGUGGGGAGUAUUUUUGGAGAUUCGUUCUACGAGCACCAGAUGGCGUCCAGACAGACCAACGCUCUUUCCCACCAGCUCGAGCAGUUCAACAUGAACAUGAUUGAGAACCCGAGCAGUUCUAACAGCUUGUACAAUCCGUGCUCCACGCUCAACUACACACAGGCGGCCAUGAUGGGUUUAAGUGGGAGCCACGGCAACUUGCAGGACACCCAGCAACUAGGCUACAGUAACCAUGGCAACAUUCCCAACAUUAUCCUAACAGUCACAGGCGAGUCGCCACCAAGUCUCUCCAAGGAGCUGAGCAGCUCGCUGGCCGGCGUAGGCGAUGUCAGCUUUGACGCGGACUCUCAGUUCCCGCUGGACGAGCUAAAGAUCGAUCCGCUGACCCUGGAUGGGCUACACAUGCUUAACGACCCAGACAUAGUGCUGGCUGACCCAGCCACCGAGGAUACGUUCCGCAUGGACCGCCUGUAAAGCAAGCGAACUGAGGAAAAAAAUUCAAAAGAAAAGAAAUUCUCUGAACAGGAGGAGGCUAGAGACUUUCUCAUUGUGCAGCUGCAUGGCCACCCGGUUUUAUCAUUGUGCCCACGGCCCUCGCUGCCCCUCCCCCUCAUGGCAUCUACAAUAGCAUGCUGCCAACAUCAAUGCCAACGUCUGGGGAAAGGAGACACUCAAGCACAUUGGUGGACGUGGCAUUGCUAUAUCCAUGCUGGCUAGUUUCGUGAGGCGGCUCGUUCUGAACCAUGUCCAUUGUGCAAGUGUCUCUAUACCCCUCCUUAGGCCUACAUGUUGAUUUGCUUUCUAUUUUGUUUCCUUCUUAUUGUUGUUUUUGUUUGUUUGUUUGUUCUCAUUGUUCUUUUAUGUGGGUGAUAGUUGCCUUUCUCAUGUUUCUGUUUCUGUGUGUGUGUGUGUGUGUGUGUGUGUGUGUGUGUGUAUACACAACCUUAAUAUUGAACUUCCUGACCAAGAUAGCCCCCCCCCCCCCCCCCCAAAAAAAAAUCAUUAUUUUUACAUACCUUUCAAGAUUCCUUUAGUACUUUGUGUUGGUUUGUUUAUUUAUGUAUGUGUUUGUGUUCAUGUUCGUAUAUUUUACAGAUGAAUUGUUUACGUAAAGAUACCAUGUGUCUUUUUUUGACUGUGUUUUGUGUGUUUGUGUUAAAUCUAUAUAUUUAAAGUUUUAAAUUAUUUAUUAUUAUUAUUAUUAUUUUCUUUUUUAUUUUUAUUUAAUACUAAGGAGUACUACUCCCCCCAUUCUACUUUUUAUGGGUUUGGAAGGGCAGCGCCUUUGUGCUACUGUACGUACUUUAUUAUCGUUAAAACGCUUAACACUAAAACCUAACAUCCUCAACAAACGUUUUUCUCUCCACAAACAUUAAGGUGCCCGUGUGUGGGGGUGUGUGUAUGGGUGUGUGUGUGUGUGUGUGUGUGUGCGCAGGCAUUGUUAUUUUUUUACACGUUUGCCGAUUUAUUUUUGCAGGUCUAAUUGCGAGUGUCAAAACGGCAGCUUUGCCUCUAUUUUUCAUAUCAGUAUUGUAGUGUCUAAAAAGCUACUCACGUGCGUUUUCCUUGUCGCUUAUUCAGCUGCGAAUUGAAAUCGUUAGUGGCGUCUUUGACUUGUGUUCUGCAUUAAAAGGCCGUCGUCACGCAGGGCUUGAACGGUUUUAAAAAAAAAAAUAAAUAAAAAAUAAAAAUAAAACAACGAAAGCUUCAGAAAGCUACUGAACUCAUCACUGUGACCCGACCUGAUUUUGCCUUAUGAACAAAACAAACAAAAAAAAAAAGCUGUUUUUAAGCCGUCACUGCAACGACGAGUUUUUUUAAAUCGUCCCGUCAAUGUUUUAUUCUCGUAUCCUAAAUGAGAUCUGAUCAUGCACAAUCGGUGGCAGUAUUGUGUUUUUAUAAAUGCAGUUUUUCACUUAAGUACUGUAUGGCAAGUAGGUUAAGUGUCAAGCUUAAUUGGCUGGUGUGUUUGGUCUGAGCUGCUGGUUGAAAGUAAGGGGAGGGUACUGCUCCUUAUUCAUUGUGGUGUUACAGCAAUGUUGUUUGUGUAUAUACAUAUAUGUGUAUAUAUAUAUAUUUGUAUAUUUGUUUCAGUUUUGUCUGACAUUCGCGUGAUAUAAACACAUGUUGUGUUCGAAAUGAAAAGUUUUAAGGAAUCACAUCUUUAUAUUCAUGCACACUACAGGAAAACUGUUAUUCACUGUUUUAUGUCACUUGAAGUGAACGGUUUCAUUCCGUUUAAGUGUUAUAAACCUGCUUUAUGCAGCCUGGACAUUAAAGCACUUGGGCUCUGCGCCACACUACUUUUGGUACCAAAAUCCUGGUGAACGUAAUGCCAUUAAUUGUUUGUGAACAAUUUUAUCGGCAGUAUUAUUUAAAAAAAAAUAAUAAAUAUAUCUUAGCUUCUUGUAUUCAGUAAGAGUUUAUUAACAGAUCACCAAAUUCAUUUUUGUUUCGCUAUAGCAACAGUGUGGUUAUAUCUGUUAAAUGAAUCGAGCCACGAGGCUUGAUCUAUGUGAUAUAUGCAAUGCAGUCCAGAAGUCAUUUAGACAGUGACGCAUUGUUGUUUUGGUUCAUCGUAUUAGAUUGAAAUUGAAAAGAAAAAGACCUGUUACUGCAAAAUAUCUGCUUUGAAUAUCCUUACUUUGCUUCGAUUCCCGCUUCUACCGCGUGUUACGUGGAGUUUGCAUGUUCUCCCCGUGUUUCAGGGGUUUCCUCCAGUUUCCUCCCCCCAGUCCAAAGACAUGCUUUGUAGGUUGAUUGGUAUUUCCAAAUUGUCCCUAGUGUGUGAAUGGGGGUGUGAGUAUGUGCCCUGUGAUGGGUUGGCACCCCAUCCAGGAUGUCCCCCGCCUCGUGCUUCGAGUCCUCUGGGAUAGGCUCCCUGAGACCCUGAGUAGGAUAAGCUACAUGGAUGGAUGGAUGGAUGGAUAAUCUUUUUUAAAUGAUGGUCCUCAUUUUGAAGGACGACUUCACUGCAUAUUUCUAAAGAAAUCUGCACAUAUUCCUCCCGUUCUCCAGCAGCUACACUUGUUACCGGUUACAGCCUGCAUCCAAUUACACCUAUAAAGCACUUCAUGUACAAGUCUUAUCUUCUAUAAAUCAAAAUUCAAGACACAUAUGUUCACAAACAGUUUCUUUUCCCAACAGUAACUAAUGUAAUUUCUCCUUUCUUUGUGUCAAUGUCUGUGAUUUUCUGCACACUACUCCUUAAAGAAUUACUAUGACUUCUCUUUUCAACUGUCCGUUAUUAUUUAUUUUAUCAUGUAUACUUUUUUAUGGUUUUACUGUUUGUUUUUUAUUCCUUUGAUUGCUCUGUAAAGUGACCUUGGGUUUGUGAAAGGGUUUGUGCUAUUUAUGGCAGGGGUUCGCAAACUUUUAUAUUCAGGGAUGCAUUUAACUGUAAAUAAUAAUAACGAUAAUAAUAAUAAUAAUAAUAAAUUUAAAUUUCAUGUGCCCCCAGAGUACUGACGAUACAAUAAUAAUUUGGUUAGAGUUGUUUUUUUGUUUGUUUUGUUUGUUUGUUUUUAUUUCGGAACUUUACACAAAUGGAACCCUUUUGUUAUUAAAAUUGUCGUUUGAUUCCAAUCACUUGGAGAAAGGUGGGUUUCCAGGACUGUAACAAAAUUGGAACACCAUGGACCUGCUUUUCACAGACCCAACUUUGGGAACCAAUGGUUCCCCGUAUACAAAUAGUACCGCCCAAAAGAUUUCCCCACAUACAAUGUAAAACGCUUUGAGUGCAUAGAAAAGCGCUAUAUAAAUCUUAAGGAAUUAUUAUUAUUAUUAUUAUUAUUAUUAUUAUUAUUAAAUGAGGACUAAAAGAACCAUCAUUUGUCUAGAAACUGGGAGACUUGCCUUCUGCACUCCCACAUCAAUUUCAGAUCCAACAUGCCGGGGGUACUGAACCAAAACAAAAUGUGUGUCACUGUACAUUUUUCUUCCGACUGUAUUGUCUUUGGUCUUAGAUGUGAACUUUGUAAGGGUUAUGACUUUUGUUUUUGUUUUUUUUAAAGAAAAAAAUGUGAAAUGUACAGAUGUGUGAUUCCUAUGCAAAAUAGAGAAAUUUAUCAAAACUACAAAUUGAAAUAUAUCUUAUGUGAAAUGGUUUCUAUAAUGUAGGUGUAAAGCUUUUAAAAUAAGAGUGCACAGUGUAGGCGAAAUAUUGGAACAGCUCUAGCAAGCAACAAUUUACAGUAUGCAGUUACACACAAGGCCACAUUUACAUUGAAUUGCGAUAAAUUCGUGUUCAACCCCUCGAACCAUACCACUCAUAAUAAUUCUUUCCACAUAUCUCUCGAACAGGUUUUGCUUCGACUGAAGUUUGUUUUAUUCCGAUUGUUUUCUUUUUCUUCUCUUUUUGUAACACUUCUUGAAAGCGAAAUACUGUACAUAGAGCUUAUCACUAGACUAUGACUGCAUGUCAAAAACAAGAAAUGGAUCUUAAGUGAGAGGCGUUUCUUAGCUUGGCUGACUUCAUUAUAAAAUGUGCUGCACAUGAUAACACUAUGGACUUUUUGGCAAGAUGCAAUGCAUGCAUUUAUCAACAACAACAAACAAACAAACAAAAAAAAGUGUGGUUUCAUUUCACAUUUUACGUACAUGUUGGUUGUUCACCUCUGAUUUAUGGGGCUCCAUGUGAGAUGUUGUACAUCACACCAAAUUACCAAUUGCUUGACCAAAGCAGUUUUGUUCUUUCCAUAUUAUAAAUGCACUUUCAUUUGUGUGCAUUCUUCUUUGGCAUGCUUGGCUUUUUUUUUUUAAUUUAAAUCAUGAUUGUAGCAUUUUUUUCACAAUUCACACUCUCAUGAUCACUGUUGCUUAGAGCUUAGCGUGUGCAUCUUGACUCUUUCAACACGACGACUCGCUAUCAAUCACUGAGAUAUAUAUCACAACACUGGUCUCUGAUAUAUAUGGCAGAUUUUGUGCAAUCUUGUGUCUUUUUUUGGACCUUUUCUCGAUGUGUUGCUUUGCACUUUAACUGUGGCUGUAUGGCAUUAAAAUUGGACUGUUUUAUUCUCUGAGAACACUGACUGUUUAGGUCUGUAGAUUUAAUGAUAAUAUUUUUGGGGUUGUGUUUUUUUUUUUUUUCUUUUCCUUUCAGAUGGCUAGCCCCCUUGUAUUACUUCAUGGCUGUAAAAUUCUUUUGAGUGAAUUCUCCGCUGCAUUGCACGGAUAACAGUGAAGGAGAACACUUUUUUGGGAGCAAAUAUGUAACUUCUCAAUGCAAACUAUACAAAAAGGGCUCAGUCUUUGUGCUCUGAGAUGUGUAAAAAUGGGAGAUGCAACCAGAAUGUAUGUUUUAUUGAUUUAUCUAUCUUUUGUCUUACAGAGCUGCAGUAGUUUUCCCUCAUAUAUGGUAAUAGUAGUUUAACAGGCUGUUCUGGAUUUUCUCUUGAACCGUAUUUUAACAUCAGUUUAUUUUGGAAGUAUUAUUUUUUAAGAACGCAGAGCCCCUUUAAAGGAGCCUCUUUCGACCUCCCCCAAUAAGCCUUAAGAGGACUGCUGGGCAGCUGCUAUUGUUCUUGUGAAUAUAUAGCCACCGAUUUUCCACCGUUCUAGUAAUCAAAUGAGGAAGUGGUUCUCUAGAAUAUUAGUUGAUCGAUAUUUUCGAGUAAUAGUGUGGCCGAUAUAAAAUAGAGGAAUAGAGUAAACAUGAUCCGCCAAACGUAAGUGCCAUCUGCAUUUAUUUACUCACUAAAGAGCUUUUUAUUUAGUCAAAUAUAGUAGUGUCUGAGCAGAUGUAAAAACUAAAGUCGCGACACUAAAACCGCUCAUAAGAACGUUAAAGAAUACACUUUUUUUUUUUUUAAAAAAGAAAAGAAAUAAAUCUGCAGUCAGAACAGAAACAGUGCUGUUGAUAUGCAUUUUAAAUCCAUGUAAUGAGAAACCAUCAUCGGCUGGAGCUUUUUAACCAGCUAGACGUGGAAAACGCUUUGACAGGUGUUUCCAAAAAAAUGUCAUUAUUCAUAGGUGUAGAACUCAUGUAACUGUAUAGACUUUCUGGCGUGGUCCAUAUUUUGACUCAUGUUUGUGGAAAAUGGUUGCAGAAGGCCACUUUCUCUCUGUACAUAGUCUCAGUGAUCGUUUCAUGGAUGUUUUUUGCGUUCUCAAAGUAUGCUAACUAUGGAUGUGCAUGAUGUCUCAGCUACAUAUAUCAGAUCGUUCUUAUUAUAUCAUUUAUAUUUUGUAAUCUGUAUUUCUGUAUGUGUUUUUAAAAUAUAUACAUUCAAACUGCCGUGGUUGUGA